AAAAUACACCAAACUAAAUUAGUUCACACCAUUCUAGCCGGCAUGGCUGCCAAUCAGAGGUUAGCCGCAAUCGGAAAUUAUGAGGUAUCAUCGUUGACCAUUGGGGAAGGUUCCUUCUCGAAGGUGAAGAUUGCUCGGCACAGAGUUUUGGAGAAAAAUGUAGCAAUAAAGAUUAUCAACCUUUCGACAAUAAAAGAUCCUUAUGUUUCUAGAAACCUGGAGAGAGAAGCUAAAAUACUCUCAACUCUAACACACACCAACGUAGUGAGAUUGUUCGAGGUUGCUCGGUGUGAGGGAUUCUAUUGCCUUAUUAUGGAAUAUUUACCAGGAGGAUCCCUAUGUGAUAUGAUACAGAAUAAUGGGAAAAUUGAUGAAAAUACUGCAAGGAGAUUCUUCGGUCAGCUAAUCACUGGUUUAGGCUACAUUCAUGGAAAGGGCAUAGUGCACAGAGAUCUUAAGUUGGAAAACCUCCUCCUGAGUAAGGAUCUAUCUAAUCUGGUGAUAGCUGAUUUUGGUCUUAGCAACUUCUGGAGUCUAGAAAACAAGCUAAAUACUUACUGUGGAUCCCCUGAGUAUGCUGCUCCGGAGCUAUUCGAUAAGGCUGUUUAUGACCAAAAGAUUGAUGUUUGGUCCGCUGGUAUAAUUCUUUAUUGUAUGUUGACAGCUCAGCUUCCUUUUGAUGUUAACCCUGGAGUAAAGGGUCAUAUUUCAGCUCUGGUCAAAAUCAUAAAGCUAGGUUUAGGUAGUAGACACAGGCUGAAGCUCUCACAUUGCUCGCUAGAACUUAAAAUAUUGCUACAGAAGAUGCUGAGAGUAAACCCUGAGAAGAGAAUAGAUGUUGAAGGAAUCCUGGCGGAUCCAUGGAUCACAGAUAAUGGAUUGAACCCGCUUCAAGAGGCUCAAGAGCUAACUCUUUCGGAGGAGGAGACUCAAAUAGUUACUAAGAAGUGUAAACUAGUACUAACCCUCACAAAGGUUUCUUCUCAACAGGUUCUAAGCCAUAUCAGGUCGGAUAAAGGUUGGUUCGGCAAGACAGCAGGAUGCUUUAAUAUUCUUAGAAGAGAGAUGGAACAUACCAGGACUUCUAAUGUUCCAACACUUCAUCCUGUUCAUGUCAAGGAACCUUUAUUUAAACCAUCAGAGAGACUAGAAGAUAUAUCUCGGAAUCAGUUUUGGGACAGUACACCUGGAAAACGAGCUUUACACGCUUUAGUUAAGAUAAAUCCUAGCUCCCCACAAAUUCGUCCUCCUCAGUCAAAGAUUCGGAGGACAGGGGAACAGCAAGGUGCAGGAUCGGUGAAGGUUUAUGAAUCCGAGGAACCAUGUUCUACAAAUAUUCAUGAAAAAGAGAAGACUGGGAAAGGUAGAACAAGCCGUAAUUAUUCUCGCGGGUUCCUGGACGCGGAGUUAGACAAAGAGAAUAUAAACUCUUCUAGAACUGAAGAUACUCUAGGAACUACAGGACACAAAGAGAAGAAUUAUGGUAGACGAGGACUGGGACAAUAUACUGCUGAGAUGACUGGUUGGAGGCGUAGUGUUAAACCACAGUCUCAAGGAGAAGAGAAGAAUUCUAGGCUCAAGAGAGUUGAUUGGGGAGAUAAGGAACCACUCAAAUCUUGGAAUAUGAACAGAAUUUAGAGCAGCCAUAUAUGUUUACGCAAUUUUGCGGUUUUAAGAAAUAUUGCAGAUAAAUCAUUAAUAUAUUCAAUUACAACUAUUAUACACAACAAUCACUUAACAUGCAAGAUAAAUCAGACGCUUUAUA